AUGCAAUUUAAUUCCUUCGUUUUAUUCUUAGCUCUCAGCAGCACUGUAUUCUCAGCUCCAACAGGAAAGGGUCUCGGGGCUGUUAUUGAAGGAGAUGGUGAAGGCUCCAUUGGAGGAGCAAAUGGUGAGGGUGCCAUUACAGGAGAAGCUGCCAAGCCAUUUGUUGGAACAGAGACAGCCAAACCCACUAUUGGAGGAGAGGACAACGAGGCCACUACUGAAGGAGAAGAAGAUAAAGUCGUUAAUGUAUUAGGUGAAUCUAAAGCUGCUGUCGGAGGAGGAGGCGCCAAAGCAUUUCCCGGCGCACCAGCAAAAAAACCAACUCCCCAGAGUGUUAGUGUAGCAGCCAAAAGCUUCGCUAAUGAUGCAAACACGGUAUCUAAUGCAUUAAAUCAACUGCCUGGAAUGACAGACAGAAACAGCAUCAUUGCCAUGUCGAAAAAAGCUUACUUUGCUGAACUAGAUGAGGACAAACACCGAGACGUCCUUGCUAGAGCUGCAGGCUCUGAUGGACAGGUAUCCAAUGGCAAGAUAAUGAAAUUUACUCCAGCGGUAUUGGAUGGACUGAAAGAGAUGUACACCAGUGGAACGCCUGCAAAAGUCAAUCAAAAUAUUCCAGCGAUUCAAAGAGCAAGAAAUCCAAACAUUUUACCUAGUAUCACACAAUUAUCCAAUGCGGCUCUAAAAAAAAUGAACCUUCCUGCCGACCAGCAAAACUUCCCACCUACUGGCCAGAAAGGUAAAUAA